AAAUUAAAAAACAUUUAGAAUGCAAUUAAAUAGUGAUGGACCAGUACAUACGGCCUGUAGUAAUAAUUAGACUAGUGUUAAAACAUCCAUACCAUAGUAUAUGACAGGAGACACUCAGACAGCAUGCAGGAAACGAUUUCACAGGGAGGUAAUUGGAGAAUCAGUGUAUCAAUGUGCGUUAAAGCCCGGGCUCCCAUUUGCUCCAGAAUUCUACAAAUUUGCACCUGACGUCAGCAAUGAACAGAAGCAUCAUGCUGUUAAAUUCAUUCAGUAUGGUGUUUUGACAAAGCAAGUCUAGUAGGCUUAAGAAAAGGUGGACAGGACUGAUUUCGAUGAGUACAGCCCAAUUCACAGUCAGGUGUUAUGCCACAUUCGCAAGGACCGUUCACUUAUGAGCGCUCAGCAUUUCGGAGACCCGUGUAGUUUAUUGUUGUCUGCGCAUAUUUGACAACCAAUUGAAUUACCACCUGGGUAACGGCACGGCUGGACAUGACCAAUGUGGUAUUAUGGAGGCUAAAUAACAGCAUCUUCAGGUAACUUCCCGGGGCUUUCAAGCAACAUACCUUAAAUCCAGCAGCACACUGACAAGAUGGGGGCGUUUGCGAGCAUUGACGACAUUGCAUUCCAUUCAAACAUACCUGUGGCAGCAGAUAUAACAGUAGCCAUAGUGUAUGCAGUGUUUGGCAUGUGCUCUCUGUUUAGCAACAGCACACUGCUAUACGUCUCCUACAAGAAGAAGCACCUGCUCAAACCUGCUGAGUUCUUCAUAAUCAACCUGGCCAUCAGCGACAUGAGUCUAACCCUGUCCCUCUACCCCAUGGCCAUCACCUCCAGCAUCUACCAUAGGUGGCUGUUUGGGAAAACAGUGUGUUUGAUCUACGCGUUCUGCGGCAUGUUGUUUGGAGUCUGCAGUCUGACAACUCUCACCCUGUUGAGCAUGGUGUGUUUUGUGAAAGUAUGUUAUCCUCUCUACGGUAACCGGUUCAACCCCGUCCACGGCCGUCUACUGAUAGCCUGUGCAUGGGCUUGGGCCCUGGUGUUCGCCUGCUCCCCUCUGGCCCACUGGGGUGAGUAUGGUCCGGAGCCCUACGGCACAGCCUGCUGCAUCGACUGGCGCCUGUCCAACCUGCAUCCCGUGGCCCGCUCCUACACGGCGGCGCUCUUUGUCUUGUGCUACAUUGUGCCCUGCUGUGUCAUUGUGGCGUCCUACACGGGCAUCCUGAUGACGGUCCGAGCCUCCCAUAAGGCCAUGGAGCAUCACGAGGCCCGGCAGACCAAGAUGAGCAACAUCCAGGCUGUUAUUGUGAAGCUGAGUGUCGCUGUCUGUAUCGGUUUCUUCGCAGCGUGGAGCCCUUAUGCUGUGGUGUCGAUGUGGGCAGUGUUUGGACACAUGGAUAACAUCCCACCUUUGGCGUUCGCCGUGCCUGCCAUGUUUGCCAAGUCCUCCACCAUCUACAACCCCAUUAUCUACCUGCUGCUCAGGCCUAACUUCCGCAGGGUGAUGUACCGAGACCUAUUGAGCCUUCGCAGGGCCUUUCUGAAGGGCUGCCUGUGCUCCUGCUCCCAGGGCGCUGUGGUGAAGUGCCACUCCCACUCCGUGGUCCGGGUCGGCCUCCAAUCGUUCUGCAGACGUCCGGGCCACGGCCAGUCCUGUUCCCCCACCUCAUCCGCCCGCCAAGCCCUCGCCGGGUCCAGAGGUUGCACUAGCGCCUGCGAGAAGUGCAGCGAUGCCUUCGAGUGCUUCAGACACUACCCAAGAGGUUGCCACGGCGGCACCAACAUCCCCAGCUCCUCAGCCAACGUUUACGCACCUCAGGAUCAGUUCUCAACAGAGCCCCAGCUGCAGUCGAUGACGCAAAAACAGAUGCGGAAGCAGAGGCGGCAGCAGAAAAAGCAGGAAGCGUGUCAUAAGCAGUCCCUGCGAGCCACCAUGCACGGCAAAAGGACCUCUGAGAUCGACAACCUUCAGAUCAACUUGGAGAUGGUGCCGGGACACGCUAAAGUUGCCUGGCCCUAAAAUGUUAUAUAUUCUUUCUGGUUUUAUAGUUUUUUUUUUUUUACAUCUAUGGUAUAUAUUUUGCAGUUGAUGUAUAAAUAAAUUCCAUAAUGUAAAAUAUGUUUUCUGUCAAGAUAUUCAGACAGUGACUCUUGUUAAAACAUACUACUUAUUAAAAACCUAGGUUGUCCCUCAGGGAUUCAUGUGGUCUGGAGGAGAUUACAGUGGAACAGAAGUGAAGGACCUGAUGGAUUGGGAAGAAAACCACAGGUACAAUACUGUUUUCUGUGUGCGGUAAUAAUUGGUUGGACACAUGACAAUGGAAAGCCCAACCAACUUUGACAUCAGUCCAACUUCCUCUACACACCAAUUCAAACCAUUGUUUACACUUUGCUAAUGCAGGUACAUGGAUGCUGGAGUUCUAAUGUAGAUAACAGGUUGGUUUAGUACAGUGUGGCUUUACUCAACAUGAAACUACAUUGUUGUCUGGAUGUAUAAAAGAGAUUGAUGAGAGAGAGAUAAUCAAACAUAUGUAUAUACUGAUACUUUUCAAGAGAUGACAAUAGACGAGUGAAUUCGCUACUCACUCAACAAUAAAAUAACAAAUUCAACAACUGUGUAUAAAAGUGCAACACAGAGGGGAGAGCGUGAGCAAGGCAAUUAAACAAAUACAAAUUGAGCAACUGUAGAUAGUCCAAUUCAAAGUGAACGGGAGAGUGGGGAGGACAAAACAAGCAGAAACAUGUGUUUUCUGGUAUUGACUCAUUGUGUGUGAAAACUGGUUGUUAAAUAUGCAUGACAGUCAUCUGCAUGUGAUGUCUUCCAUCACACAGGUCCCCCCCAAAAAUAUCUACAAGCUGUCGAUUCCCUCCAAUCCUGUUACAAAGCAAUUGAACCUUCCUCCUGUUUUCCACAACUGAACUAACUUUGCCAUGCACCUUCUCUCUCUGGCUAACUAUUGAAAUCUGGUGUUUUAAUCAUUCAUUUAAUUACUAACUUCCUAUUUGAGAAUAUAAUGAUGCAAAGAUAAAAAAUAUUGCUUUGUAGUCUUGGUUAAAGUAAACAGUUGUACUUAGAGUGAAUCAUUUGGGUCCAAUUGAAACCAUGUUGAUUUAAACAACCUUAAAAUUGAUGGAUAUAAUUAUUGGGUGGAAAACCGACGCUAAUCCAUGCUUGCAUUAGCUGAUCUAUUCAUCAGUCAUUCAUGCAGAGAUUAAUUUGCUCCUGUUUGUGAAGGGAAUUCAUGAAAGCAACAGGCUCCAGCCUUGAUUAGAAUAUUAGUAUUACAAUAUGGGAAGGUUGCCAGAACAUAAAUCAAUGUCUUUAAACAAUGUGUUGAUCUUAUCGCUUCCUUAUCCCUAAUCCUUUUUAAAACAUUCAAUUCAAAGUGUUUCACAGCAGCAGCCAUGUGGUGGUUAGAGUUGGUCCACUGGGGUUGGAUAGAUCUGGGAUUGGGUGAGUCCGACCCCCGAGGAGAAGCUUCUUGAACACAGCCGCUCUAUUGUCUUCUAAUCUCAUGCAUCUGGGCUCUACCCACGUUUAUUUUGCUGUCUGAGCAAACUAUUUCAUAAUCUGGGCUCUACCCAAGUUUCCGUUGUUGCUGCCUAGGCAAGCUAGUUAAUCUAGGCUCUACCCAAGUCCUGUUCUGUUAUUGCUGACUGGGCACACUAGUUCGUCAUUAGGGGCGGGGCCAGGAGUUUGUCCGUGACAGGAAAAACAAUCUUGUCCCCAUGCAAUGUAGAAUGAGAGAUCCACAUUUAACACAAGUGUUAGUGUUAAAGAACAAUACCCAGUAUCAUGCAAAAAUUCAUUUCCAGUAAAGUAAAUGUUUUCUUCACUACAAGGACUGAGGUUUGUUUAGUGAGUCAUGGACUACAAACCACUAGAUUGCUUCAGACGUGAGCAUAAUUAUGAAAACUCACCUUCCUGGAACAGACUUUAUUUAACAAGACAGUGAAAAGUGCCACCACCAGCUCUUUUUGAGAUACCGCUCACACACAUACGAGUAAAAACACAUACGAGCACGCACCAUAAUAAACACUUCACUGACACGCAUGUCCAAGAGCAGACAUUAACCUUUUACUGCAGUGUGCUAAAUAAGGGUCACAUGUUUUCUUGGUAGAUUUGUUUAAGACUAAUUUGAAACAAAAGUAUACACCUCACACACAUGGUUAUGGGCUUACAAAAAAUAACUCCUUGUACCAUGUCAAAUAUAGAGUUGAAAUGUAUUCAAUUUUGAGUUUGCGUCCCGAUAUUACACUUGUAUAUACUUUAUCACAGACGACUCAAAAAAAAACAACUGUUUGACAACACUGGCAUUUCAGUGUUAAAAUGUUUUAUUAGUUAUGAAAAAUAUGAAUAACAUUCCACCCAUGAGGCCACUAGGUCAUUUGACUGCAGGAAAGGCUAUGGCAGAAAAUAGACCUGCAAUGCAUGACUCCUGAUCUGUAUUACAAACACACUACAACAAUUCAUUUAAACUAGCCUACAGACAGAGGAUUUAAUAACAAUGGCUCAUUGGUAGGACCUUUAAUCUGUCGAAUAGGUAAUUGCCUCAAUUCGUAAGCAUUCAUAUUUCAUUUGCCGUACACUGGGAGAAAAAAACGUCCAUGGAUGGAUAAGAAAAUGCUUGACUGGCAGCUGUAUCUGGAUAAAGAGUGUAAGGUUGGAGUCCUCUGGUGCGGCUAGUUCGCCAUGAUUAUGAAAGGAACCUGGCAGGGAAUACAUAGUCUACUGUCCUCUAGCAGAGAACAGGGCGACAGCAACAUCUAUAUUGGUCACAUGCUUGUUGUCUGUCUACUUGUCUGUUCUGUUCUUAGAAAGCUACUUUACAUGGUGUAAUUUUGUACUAAUGCUGACCCAAAUAAUCAACAUCUCUAAUUUGAAUGAUUGCACGAUUAGUUUAAAUCAGAGUGCGUUGGUGCUGGGCUAGAACAAAUGGCUGCACACACAUAGAAUUAGUUCAUAUUAUUUCUAUGUGCAUGACUGCAAACCAUGUAGCUCUCCUAGACCAAGGUCAAUUAUACUAGCAGAAUUAUAAUGACAGAAUUCCACUCCUUUGGUGCUCAUACAUUUUUUUCCAAUAAUUCACAUUUUUUGUUGCGGAAUGAUUCUUUUCUUGAUGUAGCGAACUGGCACAAAUUAAGAUUCUAUACCUUUUAGUAGAGUUCUCAAUCAGCCUGCUUACAUAAAAUAAAUGAGCCCGAACCUGGAAAAAAAAGCCUGCUUUCUAGAAAACAGUAUAUUGAUUUUAAACUUUUGUUGAGAACAAUGCAGCAGAGGCGAGUGGCAGCAGAGUGAGGAGACAGCCAUUGUGCCAAGAAAAAACACAGAGCGAGGAAAACUCACUUUCGUUAUAGUCAACUGAAUGAUGACAAUAUUGGAAUAAAGUAGGCUAAUGCAAUUGAAGGCAUGUAUCAAAUUGUUGCUUACUAAAACUCCCAAAGUCAUAUCCAACCAAUAUACUAAUUUACAGCAAAGUCGUGUGUGGUUACCUCAGAACCGUUUUGGUUGGGCCAGCGCCAUCGUGCUGCUUUGAGACAAGCAUGCAGACUCAUCUUGAUAGAUUUUUCACCGAAUCUCCUUUUGGAUAUUUAGUCAUAAUUAGCCUGGCAAAAAUGUUAGCUAAGUUGAGGUGGGUGCUCAAGAUAAUCUUUAUUCUAGCUGAUCAGAACAUUUUAUUAGCAUGUUAUGUAGUUUUUAAUUUUUAAUUGAACCUUUAUUUAACUAGUCAAGUCAGUUAAGAACAAAUUCAUAUUUACAAUGAUGGCCUACACCGGCCAAACCCGGAUGACGCUGGGCCAAUUGUGCGCUGCCCUAUGGGACUCCCAAUCACGGCCGGUUGUGAUACAGUUUAACAAGUGGAUUUUGCUCUUCCCUCACGUAGUAGCCAGAUUGGACCAAUCGGCCGGCAAGAUAAGACCAGUCGGCGAGCCAGAUAGGUCCAGUUUCAACUUCAAAUCAAAUUUUAUUUGUCACAUACACAUGGUUAGCAGAUGUUAAUGCAAGUGUAGCGAAAUGCUUGCACUUCUAGUUCCGAAAGUGCAGUAAUAUCUCAAACUUAUUCUAACAAUUCCAGAACAACUACCUAAUACACACAAAUCUAAAAGGGGUGAAUGAGAAUAUGUACAAGUAAGUAUAUGGAUGAGCGAUGGCCGAGCGGCAUAGGCAAGGUGCAAUAGAUAGUAUAAAAUACUGUAACACGUGAUAAGUAAUGUAAGAUAUGUAAACAUUAUUAAAGUGGCAUUAUUUAGAGUGGCAUUGUAUAAAGUGACUAGUGAUUUGGUCUCAAUGUAGGCAGCAGCCUCUCUGAGUUAGUGAAUGCUGUUUAGCAGUCUGAAGGCCUUGAGAUAGAAGCUGUUUAUCAGUCUCUCUGUCUCAGCUUUGAUGCACCUGUACUGACCUCGCCUUCUGGAUAGUAGCGGUGUGAACUGGCAAUGGCUCGGGUGGUUGACGUCCUUGAUCUUUUUGGCCUUCCUGUGACAUCGGGUGCUGUAGGUGUCAUGGAGGGCAGGUAGUUGCCCCCGGUGAUGUAUUGUGCACACCGCACCACCCUCUGGA